AGAUGAUAAAAGCGUGCCAGGAGGUGCUGGCGCGUCGUAGUCCUCUUUUCGGGAUCGGUUCAGAAGGAACGUGUUAACGAGUACGCGCGCGACUCCACACAGCCGAGAUGGUCCCGAAGUCGAUCGUUCAUCUGCUAAUCGCUUGCGGCGUCUUCGCCGUUACGACCUCAAUUAAUCAAAAUCAAGGAUUUUCGAAUCAGUUAUUUGGUAAUCAGUUCAACCGAAACCAGCAGUUAUCGCCGAAGCACGGAGCAUCCGCGUCGUGUCCGGAGAGGAACGGCCGUUUUCCGGUACAGAACCAAUGCGACGCCUACAUCGAAUGCAUCGACGGAGUUUCCGAGGAGAAGCUGUGUCCUGAGGGCUUGGUUUUCAAUCCCGAAGCACGUUUCAAUUAUCCUUGCGGAUAUCCAAUUGACGUAGACUGCACGGGCAGGCCUAACUUACAGCCGGCGGACCCGUCUCUAGACUGUCCUCAUCAGUACGGCUACUUCAAGAUCGGCGACCAUCAGCAUUGCGGUCAAUUCAUGAACUGCGUGGACGGUAGAGGCUACGUGUUUGAUUGUCCCGAAGGUCUGGCUUUCAAUCCGGAGAGCUACCGGUGCGAUUGGCCGGAUCAGGUGCCGGACUGCGACGCCGAAGCUUUUCUGGGCUUUCGCUGUCCAGAAGUGAAGAAUAACUUAUACUUCGGUGGCGGGAUCAGAUUCUACCGCAGCAAUGCCAACUGCCACCAUUAUUACCUCUGCGUAAACGGCCAUCCGCGAUUGCAGAAUUGCGGCGAAGGAAACGCGUUCAAUGAACUGAUCGAUGCUUGCGACGCCGCGGAAAAUGUUACCGGAUGUGAAAGCGAAGCGAAACUGAGGACCCGUGAAUCAAAUGUAGACCAGCCAGUGAAGCUCUUUUAAAUCUAAGCGGAUUAAAAAACCAGAAUGAAAAUCAACACAGCGUACAACAGUUCCAUAGUUCCGAAGAAAUAAGUGUUAAGAAUCUUAGUAACUAUACGUUUCAGCAAUUUUACAUGUAUUAUGACGUUUAUAACACACAUUCAAAUAAUUCAUUUAGCAGAUAAUUGCAUAUUUUUAUACUUCAUAAAUGCUCUGUAAAAAAAAUCCAACUACAUAUGUGAUGUGUUUAUCGUUAACUGCGUAUUAAUUUUGAGAUGCAAUAAGAGAUAUGUAAUAUAUUAUUAUAAUAUUAUGAUAAGUUAUUUUAAGGAUACGUAGUUAACAUAGAAUCUUCUCCGAGUAAAAAAGUAAAGGUAAACAUUCAUCGCACAACGAACGGAAUAGUGUUAAUAGAAUCAAAAUGCAUCGUAGAAUUGACGUGUUAUUUUUAAAUUUUUGCAUUAAUUUAUGUAAUUAGGAUAUUUUCAAUUAACAAAUAUAUUAAAGUAGAAUUAAAAUAAAUAAAAGAAAGUGAG